AUGGGCAAGUCCAAGGCCAAGGCCAAGCGUGCCGCUGCCGCCGCCGCCGCCGAUGCCUCUGCUGCUCCGUCGACUGCGCCCCUCGCGCUGCACCCGCUCAACACCAUCGCGCCCUUCACUGUCCCUCCCGCUCAUCCUCCGCCGGGCACCGCAGCACCGCCCAUGCUCAGCUACGGCUCCGCACACGUCGUCGGGCAGCUGACCAAGGGCGGCCUGGCUGCGCGGACGUGGGAUGCCAGCGCUGCACCCAGCCCGAGCCUGGAGGACCAGAAGCGCGUCGGCACGUGGCUCAAGGAGCAGCACAGCAGUGACGGCCCAGACCAUGCCUCGACGACGGCGCACAGCACAAAGCCCACCAGCCCGCGCACGCCUGUCACGAAGCGCUCGACCGGCGACUCGUACUCCAGGGCGCUCCUCGGCGGCGGCGCAAGUGCUCCCCGCGGAUCGAAGCAGUGGAGCGCCGAUCAGCGCACGCAGCACGACGCCGUCUCGUCUGGCUUCACCAAGUGGCAGGGCACCUCGGCGCCUCUCGUCCACGCGCACGACAUGCGCGCCAUCACUACGCUCUUCGUACCCGGUCUCAGCUACGAGCUUCCCAUCGAGGCAGUGUACGAGAACCUCCACGGACACCUCUCGCGCUUUGCGCCGCUGUAUGAGCUGCGCAUCAAGGAUCUGUGGCACGAGGGCCCCUGCGAGGGAUGGCGCAGAGUGGCAUUCGCCUCGUACGCUACGCCGCGCUUGGCGCUGCAGGGCUUCAACGCGCGCAACGCCAGUGGUCUUGGCCAGACGCUGCGUCUCGAGCUCUCUGGUAAGGAGACCAUGCUCGAUGUCGAGUGCAGCGGUCCCGUCGACAUCACUGCGCUGCGCCAUGUGCUCGACCCUCACGGCUCCAGCCCCGUUCCGCUGCCUGCUGCACUGCUCGGCGAGGGCUCGCAGCCCCUCACGGGCCAGGUGCUGUACGCCAUCGCUAGCCUCUUCUCCCCUUGCCGCCUCGAGAUGCGCCAGACCGGAGUCGAAGGCACGAGCUCGUGGACCAUCGAGUUUGCGAAUCACGGCUCUGCCGGCCACUUCCUAAUGGCUCUGGCGCAGCUUCCGGAGUCGGAGCCACUGCGCUGCGUUUUCCACCGCUCCUAUGCCGAGCGUCAGCAGCCGCGCAAUCCUUCUCCUCCCGCUCAGCCUCAGAACACCGCCGUGUCGCCCGAAACGAUCAGCGCCAGCAAGGGCGUCAACGCCUCUCUCGACGACCCUUUCGCACAGCAUCCUCCAACGACGCCCCGCAUCUUACUCGGCGCCGACGAGCCCGAGACCGACUCACCUCCCGCCUCUUCUCGUCUGCCGGGCCUCUUCGUCGCCGGCCAGCUCGCCGUACCUGCGUCGCCGGCGACGCCCUCGACGCCGCCUCUUGACCCGCACAUCCGCCGCCAGGACGAGCCGUCGCCGCCGAGCUCGCCCGAGCUGGAGCUACGCACGCCGGGAGGUAGCUCGACGCAGGCUACGAGUCCGUUGCUGCACCACAAGAGCUCGUCGGUGUUCGGCUGGGGCAGCGCCUCGACCAUCGACCCGUGCGGCCUGUGGUGUGGCACGGUGCCGUUCGAGGUGCGCGACCACCUCGAGGAGCUGGUGCACAACGAGCUUGCGUCGCUGGGCGAGAUCGAGGAGAUCCGCAUCGCAAGCUUGAAGAAUCCGACGAUCGCCGACCGCCCCAGGGCGAUGGCUUUCGUGCAGUUCGUCUCCGAGGCUAGCGUCGUCGAGGCGCUGAAGCGUCCUCUCAGGAUGCUUGGUGGUCAUGCUGUUCAGCUCAAGCCUCGCGAGCGUCUCCAAAUGCGCGGCUCUCCCGAUCGCACCGACUCUCUGGCGCCCAACCAUCUGGCACUCAUGCCUCCGUCGCCCUCGCCGUCAUCGCGAAAGGACAACAGCAAGGGCAACACGCCGCGCGUUCGCAACGCGACGUCGCGCAAAGUCUCGGACGCCUCGUCGCACGGCGGACUCGGCCUUGACCUCGGACACAUCCCGUACACGCAGGCUCAGCCGAUGAAGAUGGGCAGGAACGUGCCGCGUGGCCCUGCCGCUGGUUGGAAGCAAAGCUACCGCUCCACUCAGGCAUCGCAGCGCGGAGGCUGGACGGCCGACCACGCCUCCUUCUCGGCUGCACAGCAGUUCCUCAACGGUCCCCACAGUCCCGACGAGCGCCAGGCCGUAGCUCAAGCGCUCGCGAUUGCGCAUGCGCAGGUGAUGGCCCACCACCAGCGCUUCGAGCACGUCGCUGGACAGACGGCUCACGCUCAGGCGUCGUUCGGCACCGCCAUGCCUUUCAUGCCGACAACACAGCAGGCAACGAGCAUGCAGCAGCAAGCCUGGCCGCCCAACGGCAUGAUCAUCUCUGCCUCGACGCCCUUCGUCGUGCCCUCGACUACACUUGACGCUGCGGCCGCAGGGGGACAGGCGCAGCUGCAGCCGUGGCUAGAGGGCGUGCCGCUGCCCUUCGAUGCAUCGCUCUUCUACGGCGAGGCGGAGAGCAUGAAGACUGAGAAGGUGACGCCUGAGGUGCAGAGCGAGAACCUGCGCCUGUACGCACAGCCCAUCGCUAUUCCUGCCUGGGCCUCCGAUGACUGA